GUUUUAUAUUUUGUUACCAACAUGACCUUUCUGGUCAAAAUGGCUGCCCCCAUGGAUGAUCAAGAAGUUAUCAGCACAGAAAAACCUUCAUUGCAUAAUGAUGAAAAGAAGAGUAGCAAACACAAAGAAAUAAUAUUUUUUGCUGGUUUAACUGGAGUAUCUUUGAUAGGUGGUUUCAGUUUUGCACUUGGAAGGACAAAAAAGGAAGACCCUACCAUGUUUGUUAAAGGAAUUUCAAAAGGGAGACAAAAUGUUUCCGGUUCAUCUUUAGGAGUGAGAGCUUUAGGAUUGGCAACACUGUUUUCAGUAUCUGGAGUUGGAUUGAUGUUUUUAGCAGCGUACAAAAUAUCUGGAGCUUCAAAUCUUAAAGAUUUCUUCAGCAAAGUAGAAAAGGGAACACCAAAAUUACCUAAAAAGGAAUCAACUGGGAGAAAUGAAUUUGGAAGUAUACAAGAACUUGUUGAUUACAUUGUUCAAGGUGGAAAAGGGUAGUAUGAUACAAAGCAAAAGUAACUAAAAUGUUCCUCUGAUGAUGAAUAUUUGUACUUAUUCAUUCAUUGUGUGUGGUCUAAUAUAUCAUAGGAAGGAGCAAGACAUUUGAAUCCUAUUGUCUUACCUGGUCAUAACAUCAAGAUUCUGGCUGAAAUCAAAACACUAGAGAGUGUUUCUUAUGUUUGUAAAAUAUACAGAAUAACACUGAUCUGGUGAUAUCAUGUGGUUUCUUUAUUGAUCGGAUUGGCUAUUAUGGUACAUACACCAUGAUAGAAUGAAAAGUAAUUUGUAUGAAUCUAUAUACAUGUAAAGACAUUCUGUUUAUAAAAUUUUGAAAGUAUUGGAAAUAGGCAUGCAUUUUUAUUUCUAAGGAAUGUUGUAAGAUUACCAAUGAGACAACUAGUCACCAAGGACCAAAUGACCAGGAUGUCAACAACUCUAUGGCCUUCAACAAUGUGAUAUUAUAUUGAGAAAUCAUUUGAAAGGAAAAAAACCCAAAUUUCUGUCUUAUUAAGAAAAAGUUUAACAGACAGCCACCAACAAUAACCACUGAACUACUGGUUUGGGUCAGGAAUAAAGGAAUGUAUGAAGUUUGAACGUGUUUGACAAUGGCCAACAUAGAACACUUUUAGAACAAGAUAAAAUGUCAGUUCAAUGUUGCAUGAAGGUGUCACUCAUCAAAUUAUAAACAACUUAUAAGAUGGUGAAAGGAACACAAGGUCAAGUUAGAGUUGCUUUCAUCUUGAUUUCUCUAGCAAUUAUAUUUACCAUUAAGAUACAGAUACCUUCAAAAAGUUUUGAUACAUUUGUACUUUAUCGCCAACUCUAUAGUGCAUAUUUUGACAUAUCAAACAUUUGUCUUUAUCCAAGAUUUUUUAAAUAUUUACAAAAAAUAAGAGUAAACUGAAAGUAAGAGACAAAUUAUUCCAAACUUGUACAUAUGUACAAAAUUGCUUAUGGGUAUAAACUCGAAAUGAAUAUUAACAGUCUGUGUACCGGAAAAUGAAUUUUAAUCAAAGCUUCUUUUAUUUGGAGUUAGAACUUGUGCAAGAUAUUUUAGGUUCCUAUUAACUUUUUGUGAGUAUCUUCAAUUUUUAUGUGGUGCAUUUAAUGUUUACUAAUUAGAAUUUAAACCACAUAAGGUAUAACAAAAGACAACCAAAAUUAUUUGCUCUGAUAAAUUUGAUAUUUAUGAUUUAAGCACAAAUGUCUUUUGAUGAAUUUUUUUGUUUUGUCUUGUUUAGAGCUAAGUUAUGAAUAACUGUAUUGUUUUAAUCUAAUGACAUUGUGAUAGGGACAACAAUUAACAGUAUUUACAAUGAUGAAAUGUAAAAUAUUGAAUAUAAAUAAACAUGUUUUUUUAGCUCACCUGGCCCAAAGGGCCAAGUGAGCUUUUCUCAUCACUUUGCGUCCGUCGUUCGUCGUCGUCGUCGUCCUGCGUCCGGCGUUAACUUUUACAAAAAUCUUCUCCUCUGAAGCUACUGGGCCAAAUUUAACCAAACUUGGCCACAAUCAUCAUUAGGGUAUCUAGUUUAAAAAUUGUGUCCGGUGACCCGGCCAAUCAACCAAGAUGGCCACCAUGGCUAAAAAUAGAACAUAGGGGUAAAAUGCAGUUUUUGGCUUAUAACUCAAAAACCAAAGCAUUUAGGGCAAAUCUGACAUGGGGUAAAAUUGUUUAUCAGGUUAAGAUCUAUCUGCCCAGAAAUUUUCAGAUGAAUCGGACAUUCGGUUGUUAGGUUGCUGCCCCUGAAUUGGUAAUUUUAAGGAAAUUUUACUGUUUUUGGUUAUUAUCUUGAAUAUUAUUAUAGAUAAAGAUAAACUGUAAACAGCAAAAAUGUUUAGCAAAGUAAGAUCUACAAAUAAGCCAACAUGACCAAAAUGGUCAGUUGACCACUUUAGGAGUUAUGGCCCUUUAUAGUCAAUUUUUAACCAUUUUUCGUAAAUCUUAGUAAUCUUUUAGAAAAAUCUUCUCCUCUGAAACUACUGGGCCAAAUUAAUUAAAACUUAGCCACAAUCAUCAUUUGGAUAUCUCGUUUAAAACAUGUGUCUGGUAACUCGGCCAACCAACCAAGAUGGCCGCCAUGGCUAAAAUAGAACAUGGGGGGUAAAAUGCAGUUUUUGGCUUAUAACUCAAAAACCAAAGCAUUAAGAGCAAAUCUGACAUGGGGUAUAAUUGUUGAUCAGAUCAAGAUCUAUCUGCCCUGGAAUUUUCAGAUGAAUUGGAUCAUCGGUUGUUAGGUUGCUGCCCCUGAAUUGGUAAUUUUGACGAAAUUUUGCUGUUUUUUUUGUUAUUAUCUUGAAUAUUAUUAUAGAUAGAGAUAAACUGUAAACAGCAAUAAUGUACAGCAAAGUAAGAACUAAAAAUAAGUUAGCAUGACCAAAAUAAUCAAGUGACCCCCUAAGGAGUUAUUGCCCUUCAUAGUCAAUUUUUAACAAUUUUCACAAAAUAUGUAGAUUUUCACUAACAUUUUCCAUAGAAACUACUGUUAUAGAUAGAGAUAAUUGUAAGCAGCAAAAAUGUUUAGUAAAGUAAGAUCUACAAACCCAUCACCAUCACCAAAACACAAUUUGGUCAUGAAUCCAUCUGUGUACAAUGUUUAAUAUUAACAUAGACCAAGGUGAGCGACACAGGCUCUUUAGAGCCUCUAGUUUUAUAUUACAUGAUGAUGAUCUGAUUCAAUGUUUUAUUAACAAAGUGAGAAUGAUCUGUCAUGAAAUUGACACACUGCGUUUGAGUGACAUUGAGAAAUUCUAAGAAAUGAAAGAUAUUUGAUGAUCUUACAGAUUAGGAACGACAUCAAAAGUUCAAUGUAGGAUGAAAAACUUAAUUCACAUAGUUUUUCCACUGACCCAAGUUUUUUAUCCUACAUAGAUCUUUUGAUGUCGUCCCUUAGGUACUACAUGUACUUGAUGUCCAAUAAUGAAAACAAUACUUAUAAUGCACUUCAAAUAUAUCUUGUGGUGGUUCUGAAUUUUACUGAUUUUGCUGUUAAACAAACUGUUAGAGAUUGUAAAUUGUUAUAAAUGCUGUGAUUGUUUAUGAUAUUGUGAAAUAAAUAGUAUGAUGAUUGUUUUUAUUUGAA